UUAAAGCGUUUAAGCUUGAAGAAGAUUAUGGGUUAGAAGGUGUAUCCGGUGAUGAUUUGAUAGGCGAAGAAAUAAAAUGCUUAGAUUUACAAUUCCACUAUAAAGGAAAGUGGCUAAGCUUAGAUAAUACCGAAGUAAUAGACUUUCAAAUUUGCAAAAAUCCAUCGACAAGAAUGGUUAUGGAUGCGCGAAACAAAAUUAGCUUUGGAUUUUCUCUGGAAAAUUGUACGCGCUAUGCUAAAAUUGAGAUAAAUGGUAUGAGUAUCCCAUUAAUUGGAGACAAUAGCAAUAAAGCCAGCCCCAUUAAAAAUAACUUAUCCAGUCACAAAGUGCAUCUAUCUGCAAAAGAUAUUACUUCCGAUUCCCACAUUUGUCGCAUCAGUUCACAUCAAAAAAAGAAAAGAUAUGGAGAGGCCAAGAUUAUCAAAAGCGUUAUAGUAUCUGAAUCUGAUUCCACAACCAGUUCGGGAUCAGAGG